AAUAUAGUUUUACUUGAGAUUUGCAAGUAUGGCUUCUGAAUCUGUACUCAAAAUUGAACGGCCAAUUUAACCCAAAGUUGGAGGAUGGAAGCAGGGUGGCACCGUGCCAGAGAGUAGGGUAGAUCUGUGUAUCACCACCGUUUUAGAGGGAGAGAUGAAGAAUCUGGGCAGAAACAGAGUAUGGAAGAAGAAAGGGUUUUACAACACAACCUCACUCCUUUCAAUCUCCCUCCUCAUCUUUAUCUUCAUCUUCAUAUUCAUCUCCUACACUUCCCACAUUCCCAAUUCUCUCCUUCCCAUCUCCAGAACCUCCCAAUGCACCCCACAAAACCUACCUGGACAAAGGUUCCUCUGGUACGCUCCUCACAGUGGCUUCAGCAACCAGGUCUCCGAAUUCAAGAACGCCAUUUUGAUGGCCGCCAUUCUCAAUCGAACCCUAGUCGUUCCGCCCAUUCUGGAUCACCAUGCGGUUGCUCUCGGUAGCUGCCCCAAGUUUAGGGUUUUGGGUCCCGGAGAGAUUAGGCUUUCGGUUUGGAAUCACGUCAUCGACCUCCUUCGGAGUCAGAGGUAUGUCUCCAUGGCUGAUAUCAUUGAUCUUUCUUCACUGGUGUCCAUUUCGGUGAUUCAAGCCAUAGAUUUCAGGGAUUUCAUAUCUUUAUGGUGUGGUGUGAAUGUUGAUUUUGAUUGCUUCGAUGAAUCAAAUGACCAGUCAUCUUUGCUUGACAGCCUAAAACAAUGUGGGUCUCGACUAUCAGGACUUGAUGGUAAUGUAGAUAAAUGUAUAUAUGCUUUAGAUGAAGAUUGUCGAACUACUGUUUGGACUUAUCAGCAAAAUGAUGAUGAGGUUUUAGAUUCUUUCCAACCCGAUGAACAACUGAAGAAGAAAAAGAAAAUUUCAUAUAUCAGAAAGCGUCGAGAUGUAUAUAAGACACUUGGACCUGGUUCCAAAGCUGAAUCAGCUACUGUUCUGGCAUUUGGAAGCCUUUUCACAGCCCCAUACAAAGGGUCGGAGCUAUAUAUCGAUAUCAAUGAAGCUCCUAGAGAUCAAAGGAUAAGUUCUUUGAUUCAAAAGAUUGAAUUUCUCCCAUUUGUCCCCCUAAUAACAAGUGCAGCAAAGGAGUAUGCUAUUGAGACAAUAAAGGGUCCUUUUCUUUGUGCGCAGUUAAGAUUGUUGGACGGACAGUUCAAGAACCAUUGGAAAGCUACAUUUUUGGCAUUGAAAAAUAAGGUUGAUUCUUUAAAGAAGGGUCCUCUCCCUAUUAGUAUUUUUGUGAUGACUGAUCUUCCUGAAGCCGACUGGCAUGGAAGUUACCUAGAGGAUUUGGCAAGAGAUUCAGGUUCAGUUAAGUUGUAUGUUCUGAGAGAAAAAGACGAGUUGGUGAUACGAACUGCGAAAAAACUCAUUGAGUCUGGGCAUGGCAUGAGGCUUAAGCAGCAAUGCCCUCCUCAGGUAUUACCUGAUAUCCUUUUAUACAUAGAGGAAACUGUUUGCAGCUGUGCUUCUCUUGGUUUUGUUGGGACUGCCGGAUCAACUAUUGCGGAGGGUAUAGAGGUGAUGAGAAAAUUCAACAUAUGUCCAAGUCACAGUCAAACUGCAUUGUAACCGGCUGUGUUGGAUAUAAUAGGUUGUAGUUCAUCCAUGAGUUCGGAAGGGCUUGAAAUCAAUACUUCCCAGCUUGAAUAGACUGACUCCUCCAUAUAAGGUCCCGUUACAGUAGCGAAUUCACAUACGCAUUUAGGUCUCAUCAUUUUGUACCCGAGUCCCUUCCAUUGCUUUUAACCUUGGUCCAAUGUUUUUUGUACUUGGGUCUUAUGGUUUGUUUUCUCAUCCAAUAGUUUAGAUUUUAUCAUGUAUCUUCAUUCUGUAACCUAACAUUUGUCUCAGUAUAAUUGCAGUGACAUAUUAAAGAA